ACGAAUUCGAUUUAUUUAUCAACCUUGAACAAAAUUGUUAACAGUGACAAUGAGCGAAAUAUGCGAUUUAAAAGAGCUGUUGGGCAUAAAAGAUGAAGUUCGAAAUGUAGAUAUAACAUCACUUACAGCCCCAGGAGAAAAUUUUGGUAGUUUAAUGCUAAAAGUAGAUGUAACUUUAAAAUACAAAAUUUUAAACCUAGUAGCAAAAAAAAUUCCACAAAGUGUUUUAUAUCAAAAUAUAUUUAAUAUACAGGUGACAUAUAGAAAGGAGGUUGAGUUGUACAAAACUAUCGUUCCCAUUCUAGAAGAAUUUGCUAAGAAGAGACUGGACUUUUUUCCAAAGUAUUAUGCCUCCCGAUAUAAUCUAAAAGAAAAUGAUGACAUGAUUGAUGAAGACGCUGUAUUAGUUUUGGAAAAUUUAGCUGUUAUGGGAUACAAAAAUUUAAACAAAAAAGAAGGAUUUGAUCUAAAAAACGCCAUAAUAUUUCUGGAAGAUCUAGCGAAAUUUCAUGCAGUACCUCUAGCAUUUAAAUUUAAGCAUCCAAAUGUAUUUGAAGAAAAAAUCAAAAAACUGUGUUUCAAUACUGUCUUCACUGACGCCAAAAGAUAUGCAAAACUUAAUGAGGCAUCCAGACAAAUAAUCUCAGAAUGUAGCAGUAUUUCGCAUUUAGCCGACAAGAUUCUUUUUCUUAAUGUGGACAAUAUGCAGCCCAUCAGUGACGCGUAUGGAACUUUAAUUCAUUUUGAUUUAUGGAUAAACAACAUUAUGGUUAACCUUAAAGACGGAAAGUCAGUUGGUAAUAAAUUAGUCGAUUUCCAAGUUUAUAACUAUGGAUCACCAGCAUCUGAUAUUCUGUUUUUCUUUUUAACAAGCCUUCAAGGAUAUGUAAUUAAAGAACAUUUAGAUGAACUUAUUAAACAUUAUCAUGAACAUUUUGUUAAAUGCCUGCAAGAAUUUGGUUGCGAUACGAAACUUUACACUUUAGAAAGUUUGUUAGAAGAACUCAGAAUACAUUCUAAAUUUGAGUACGGUCAUGCUGUAUUGUACACGACUUUUUUUAUUAAUGCUGAAAAAGUAAGCGAAGAUGAAAGUACGCGUGGAAAUCCAGGGAAUAUGAUUAGAGGAAUUACUCAAUUGGCCAAAGAAAAAGUGUGCUUGAUUACUGCGGAGUGUGAUAAACGAGGAUGGCUUCCGAAGUUGGAUUAGUAUUAUAUAUAAUAUUCUUAUAUUAAGGAUUAAAUAUAAAGAGC